AUGCUAUCUCGAAUUGUCUUAUUUGAUUUGCCCUCUCAGCAGGGCACGUCUUGGUCACUCAACCCUUGGAAGACGCGUUUAAUCUUGAACUACAAGGGCAUCGAGUACGAUACAGAGUGGGUGGAAUACCCAGAUAUUGAGCCCAGGCUGAGGUCACUAGGACUUGCGCCAAACCACAAGGAUGCCCCGGGUUACUUCACAGACUACAGCAUCCCUGCUAUCAAGUAUGAAGACGGCACCUACGAGAUGGACUCCUGGCCCAUCGCCCAGGAGCUCGAACGACGCUAUCCGAGUCCAUCCCUCCAUCUGAACGAACCCGUGACAGUGAAGGUUCGUGAUCAGAUAUCUAAGAUCCUCAGUCCAAUCAUACUGCAACUUUUGCCUAGAGUUCCCGACCAACUGCCCGAAAGAUCCCGGGAGUAUUACAACAGAACGCGUGAAGAGAUGUUUGGUAGGCCCUUGGCGGAGUUGCAUAAAGAAGCUCUGGAGAACGCAGAGGAUGGUUGGAAACAACUGCAGGAGCCAGUGAAAGAGAUAGCGGAUCUGCUGAGAAAGCAUGACGGGCCCUUCUUCUUGGGAGAGACUGUAUCGUAUGCCGAUUUCAUUCUCGUCUCUAUGUUUCAUUUUGUCGAACGUUUUGAUGAGCAGGCCUACCAGCGGUUGAUGUCUUUUGAUCCGGCUUUUUCCAAGGUAUACGAGGCGGCCAGGGAGUGGUUCGUGAGAGACACGUGA